AUGGGACCUUCUAUUCUACGUCCUGCAAUUGACUUUUUUGUAUGUUCAAGACAGUGCGCGCCACAUACAUCCUCGCUGACCGAAUGGACGGUAGCGCCGAAGAGUAAACUUGUCCGAUCGGUCGGUCAGUCAGAUAUGAAUACGAUUUCGAUAGUUACACGCGAUACCAAUGAAUUUUUAAAACAUCCGUUAGUACUCUGGGCGGAAAAUUUUCUUAAAACUGAAACAAAAUUAUCCUACGAACAAUUGAUUAACAGUUCAUGCUUUCAUGCGAUCAUUCGUUCGAUUGAUCCUCGACUGCAAAAUUCGCGUUUACCAAAUGAAGCAGCAGAUACGAGUAGUCGAUUAGUAAAUUUAGAUUUUAUUCUACGAAGUGUUCGAUCAUUCGUACAGGAUGUGCUUCGCUAUACCAUUGUGGCUAAACUGCCUAAUAUCUACACUAUUGCUCACGAACCAUAUGCAGAAUAUUCGUUCGAUGAGCUUGAACGAAUUCUUUUAUUAUUAUUUGCGUGUUCGGUAUCGGGUGGUGAUCAAAAAGAUGUCCAUAUCCAACAUUUAACAACGUUGGACGAAUCGGUUCAACAGUCACUUAUGCCGCAUAUCGAAGAAUUAACAAACGAAAUUAAUACGAUUGUUCAACCGCAAGACUAUUUCUUUACUGAUGAUUUCAAUACAGAUAAUGAUAAACGUCUCAAGUGUUUAUUUACAAAUCUGUUGAAUUUAAUCAACGAACGUGAUCACUAUUUCGAAGAGAUUCUUGAAUUAGAACAAGAUAAAGCGACAUUAAAACAAAAACUUGAGUUAUAUCAAUCCAGUUCGUCAAAUUUACUUAGCACAGGCGGGGCCAACAGCGGUGGCAGUGGAACCAACCUUCAUCCAACGUUAAGUCAAACAUCACUGAACACGUUUUUGAAUGAUUUAGAAACGAAAAAUCCCGGUAUUGAAAUCACCGAUUACAAAACGAAGAUGCGGCAAAUGAAAUCGGAAUUAGAUGACAAGAUGGAUACGAUUGAAACGUUGAGGGAAGAAUUGGAUUCAUUACAAGCUGAAUUCAAUCGUAUUAGAAAUGAAAAUUUGGAGUUGCAUCAAAAUGCUCGUUUGGCACGAAUGUAUCGAGAUGAAAUCGAUUCGUUGAAUUAUAAACUGCGUGACAAGGAAAAACAUGAACAAGAAUUGGAAAAAUCGAAUAAACGUUUUCACGAAAUGGAUGCAUUGAAGAAUCGAAUAGAUGAACUACAAAACGAAAAUCAAAUUCUUUCACAAGCUCAGCUUCAUCAAGAACAACAAAUCAAAGAAUAUCGAUUGCGUAUAAAUAAAAUGCUACAAAAUGAAUCGGAAGUGAUGAGAUUCAAGCAUGACAUCGAAACCAUCACCAAUGAACGUGAUCAAAUUCAAGAGAAACUCUCUCAUCUACUCGAAGAUAAAGUUCGUCUUGAACUAGAUUUAAACUCGAGUACACAUACCGUCGAUUCAUUGAACGAUGAACUUCGGCAAGUGAAGUCGCGUUAUGGAUGUGAAGAAUCUCGUACAUCGUUAAUCUCAUCUCAAAUUCAGCAAACGAUUAAAAACCGUCUUUUAAAAUACGACAUGGAAAACAAGCAACUAAAUGACGAGUUAAUCGCUCUGAAAGAACGAUAUGAAAUCGACAUGCAUCGAAAACGUAUCGAUGAAGAAAAACAAAUGAUUCAUAUUCAACUAUUGAAUGAGCAAAUCAAUGAAUAUUUGAACAAUCUUCAAUGUUUAGAAAUGAAAAACGAUCAAUUGGCCAAAGAAAAGUUAACACUACAAAAUCAAAUUCAAGAUCACAAAAUCCAGCAUGAAAAAACACGAUCAGAGUACGAUGCGCAAAACAAGCACUUGCAAUUCAAAUUGAAUGCAAUACAACAACGAGAACAAAUGGAAACGACCGCUAAAUUCGAAGAUAUCCAACAGGAAAAUAAACGCUUACAAGAUCGAAUCGGUGACAUGAUGCAGCAAAUCAGUCAACUGCAGAUUGAACAUGAUCAUUUAACUAUAGUUAAAGAGCGUGAAUGUGCAUUGAAUGAACGUAUUAUAAAUCUUCAAUUGAAAUACGACCAGUUAGCACGUGAGCAUCUGACAAUGGAAAAGCGCUGUGAGAUGUACGAGAAGAAUUUGAAGCAUUACGAAACUCUCGAACAUGAUUAUUUGGAAUUGAAGCAUACGAAUGAAUGUUAUCUUCGACAAAUCGAGCAUGUGAAGACGGUGGAGAAAGAAUUGAUUGAUAAACAACUGCAAAAUGAACAAAUGGAAAGGGAAACUAUCGAUUUGAGGAAACAAAUGAAACUUUUGAAUGAAUAUCGUUUGAAUGAAGAAGAAAACACUCGGAAAUUACAAAACGAAUAUAUGCUGUUGAAACAACGUUACAAUGAAGAAGAAUAUGCUGAGUUAACCAAGAAGUUAACUGAUGCGUGUGAUUUAACGCGACAAAUACAGAUCAAAUUGAAGAAGAAGCAAGAUGAAACGGAAAACUUAAAGAAAACAAUAGCACAAAAUGAGAUCUCAAUCGAAAAAUUGAAGAACGAUGUCAAACAAGAAGUUCAACUACGCGAAGAAUUACAAGCAAAAUUGUUCAGCGAAAUUUCACAAGAGAUCAUUGAUAAUGACGAGAAAAGAAAAAACGAACAAGUCGCCGAAAUGCAACAACGUUUAGACCUCGCAUUAAAAUCCGAUAAAAUUCAUGUAUCAAUUCAACGUUCGUUGAAAGAAACCAUCGAAACUCUCAAUCACCAUAUCCAAGAUCUACAAGCUGAUAAAUCCCGUUUGCAAUCCGAUCUUCAACAAGCAACCAUACGCAUCGAAACUUUACAGAGCGAAAAUCUCAAACAACAUCAAUAUAACGAACAAAUCGAAAACGAUCGCACGAUGGCAUUGAACUCCUGUCAACAUUUCCAACAAACAAACGAACAAUUAAUCAAUGAUCAUGAUCAAUUACAAAAACUGUACACUAAACUGGAACAUGAAUUCGAUACAACGAUCAAUCAGCUAACUGAUCAGCGGACAGCGAAUCGGAUGCUAACAAAGGAAUGUAAAUAUUUACAAAUUGAAUUGGAUACCAUUGUGAAAGAGAAGCAAAAUUUAUUGAAUCGGGUCAGUUACCUGCUGAAACAAAUCCAUCAGUAUGAAACGAAAUUAGCGGAACAAAAACCAUUUGAUGAACAGUAUUUAUUCUUGGAAAAACAAUAUCAAUUACGAACAGAUGAUUUGCAAGAUGCAAUCAAUCAUAAUCAGAAUCUGAAACAGCAAGUAGACGAAAUGAAAUUGGAAUUGAGUAAAUCAAGAAGUGAAUUAGCGAAUAUACAACUGAAAUACACGAAUAUCAAUGCUGAAUACGCAAAUUUAAUAACAAAAUAUGAAUUUCUGGAACAACAAACCGAACGAACGGAAGAAGAGAAAAGUCAAUUGAUUGAACAACUCCAUAGUCUUGUACAACAAAAUCAAAAUGUUUUGGCACAAGCAUUGAGUAACAAGGAUCUUUUUCACGAAGAAGCACGAGGAUACCUAGAACAACUUCAUCAACUGAUGCGACAAAAAGAAUUAUUAGAAAUGAAAAUAAUGGAACAAUACAAAAACAUGCCAAUACAUAAACCGCGAAGAAGUUCGCGUGGUCUUAUUCAAUCAGUUUCGCGUAAAACUCGAAAUAUCCUUGAUCGUUUGGCCAAUCGUCGUACACGAACAUCGUCCGCUGAUGGUCAGCUCUAUCACGGUGAUGCGAACGAACGUGCAAUAAGUCCGUGUUCGUCUCUGACGGAUAAUACGAACACACCGAUGUCGCACGCUCGAUCGACAACACCGGAUGUGAUAUCAUCAAGUUUAACAUCUGCCCGGUAUAACCAUCCGUCGGGUUCGGAAACCUAUAAAACUCAAAAAGAUUCUGAUCGUUUGCAUCAAUCGACUGACAGUUUAGCAGAUACGUCAUCGAAAGAAGACGAAGAAGAAGCUCAAGAAUCUUCAACGAUUGAAGAUACGAAAACAUCAACUCCAAUGCGCGUUUCAAUCCAAUCCAAAGCACCAGAAUUUAUUCUUAACAACCAUCGUCAAUCACCAUUUCGUCCAAUUCGCGACUCUCCAGGUUUACAACUUUCCUUCAACGAUGGGGCGUCGUCUAGUUCGAAUCAACGGCGAUGUUCCUCUACUCAAUCGUUUCUAAUUCAUCCAAGUCAGCAUGUUAACAAUGAUAUACACAGUUCGAUCCGUCGUCAUCGAAUACGUUCAUCGGCUGUCUCCUCUCCUCUCGUCUUGAAACAAGCACAUCCAUCCGAUCAACAAUCGAUCCCCUACAACGAUCAAGUGUUUAUUACCGAAUUUGGUGCCAUUUAA